AUGUCCAACCCAGACGAACUAGAAGAUGGAUUGUUGUACGAUUAUGAAGAGACAGUAGAGGAUGCUCCCGCGAGCGAUGAGGGGAGCACCGCAGGAUUUGAUGCUGAGGGAGAGUCUGCAUCUGAGAGGAAAAGGCCUCUUGAGAGUGAUACCGCAGAGGCGGUCCCUGAGGCAGGUUUAUCGAAACGUCAGAAGAAACUACAAAAGAAGGGCAGUUUACUUUCGAAGAAGAGGGAACAAAUCCAGUACGAAAUUGCCAAGAGGAAGAGUUUGGCGAGUGCCACGCCGGAGGAGGUUUCUGAAUACUUUGCAACUGUGAUCCGUGGUAAGAACCCUGAUCUGAGUGCAUUGGAGCUGGAAGGAUUGUAUUUGAAGAAGAACGAAUUCCUGUCUAGUGCAGGAUUUACACACGACAGGGACUUGGACCACUUCCAAGAGUUCAUGACACAGUUUUCGCGAGCACCAAGAGCACUUAUCCUGUGCAUGUCCAAUAUGCGUGUCGCGGACGUCACGAGGGCUCUUGGUGGGAGUAAAACUUGCUUGAAGUUAUUUGCCAAGAACAAACUGGAAGACGACGUUGCACGCGUGGAGGAAGUCUUACUCUCGGCGAACACUAAGAACAACAGCAACAAGAAGAACAAGAAGUUGAAGAAAAAGAACGACCUUCUAAAGUUCCUCGUCACAACCCCGACGAGACUCUCCAAGAUCCUCGAGUCGACAGAGGCACUGUUCCAGGGGAAGGACAAACUGGAUAUCAUACUGGAUGCCUCGUUUUUGGACGCGAAGGAUCAAUCCGUGCUAACGUUUGAGAACAACUACAUCAUGUGUCAAACUCUGAGAACUGUCCUUGACAAAAAGAGUUCCGUGAAAAUCCUCUCAUACUAA